AAACGAGGACACCAAGCAUACCUCCUCUCUCGCCUGCUCUAUCGCUUCUUCCGCCCGCGCUUUUCUGGGCAGUCAUUGGCUCACCGCGCCGUCGUCCGGGUAACGCGCGCUAAUCCUGUGUUUUGAUAGGUGCAUAAAAGGGACUAUACAAACGCUCACAACACAGCCCGAGCUCGCCCGCCUUUCGACACUCGUGCAUUCCUUUUUCGUCGGUGCCAUUUUUCUUCCAGUUGCCUCUUUGCGCGUAUACCGUGGAGCCGCUGGCGUGAUGCCUUGUUGUUGCGCAGUUAAUUGCAGUAGCCGGCCUGAAAGAGGAUUUGCGAUGUUCGCCAUUCCUCAAGGAAAACGCGAUGUCAGUCGGAGAGAGAGGUGGCUCAAUAACAUAGGUCGCAAAGACUUCGACCCCACAAAAAGAACAGUUCUUUGCGAGCUCCACUUUACUCCCGAUCAGUUUGAGCCACGAAUAUUACAAGAAUAUGGAAAAAAGAAAUUAAGACCCAAUGCUGUUCCAACACUUUUUCCUCACCUGACUGCACCAAAGCAAGAGAAAUCCCCUCCAGAAAGUCACGAGCUCCCAAGCAAAAUCCCAUCCGAAGAGAGCCUAGAGCUUGAUUGUUCCAGCAAGGAGCAGCCUGUCUUUAAUGCUAAGAUGCACAUCAAACUUGAAGACACCAGCCAGGAACAGCCAUUCUUUGAUGACCUUCCUGCUAUCACACACUUGACUGCAGCAAAUGUCACAAAAACAGAGUUCGCUACAUCCUCCGAUGAGCAUUCCUUCAUAUUCAAAGGAAACCUAGAGUUUGAUGGCUCCAUCCAAGGGCAGCCCUUCUUUGAUGCCGACAAGCGCAUCAAGAUUGAAGACACCAGCCAGGUGCCGCCACUCUUUGACUAUGUCCUGACUACCACACAUUUGACUGCAGGAAACAGCACGAAAUUAGGGCCUGCCAUGACUUCCGAUGAACAUGCCUUCCCACCCGAAGAAAGCCAAGAGCUCGAUGGCACCAACCAGGAGCAGCCCUUCUUUGACGCCGAGAAGAGCAUCAAACUUGAAUACACUAGCCAGGAACAGACACCCUGUGACGACAUCCCCACUACCACAUAUUUGACUGAAGGAAACGUCGCAAAUGCAGUGACCACUACAUCUUCCGAUGGGCAUGCCCUCCUAGCUGAGAAAAGCAUCAGGCUUGAGGCCACCAGGCAGUACCAGCCCUUCUGUUACGAUCUCCCCACUACCACACAUAUCCUUGCUGAGAACGUCAUAACAGUGGAAUCCGUCGCACCUCCCCAUGAGCACGCUCCAUCACAGAAGGCCCUGCUGGAUCGAAUAUCUGAGCUGGAGCGCCUCCAAGAGGAAUUGAAUAGGAAACUAGGUCUCGCUAGGAAAAGAUACCUCAAAAGCGAACGAGAAAAAGACCAGUUGAGGAAAAAGCUGGGUAACCUCUUCAACGAUGACCAGAUUACGUCGCUGGAGCGAGCUUCGGCUCGAGGAGUACGAUGGGAGACCGACACACUCGUCAAGUCGUUGAAAGUGCGCCUGUCGUGCGGGUCCCAAGGCUAUAGCCUCCUAAGAGAUUUCGGUUACCCAUUACCGUGUGAACGAACUCUCCAGCGCCAUGUAGCACAUAUCAACGGUUCAUCUGAGACUCCUGAAUGAUAUAUCUACAUCUUGGAGCCUUCCCAGUUCAUAAUUAAACAGUUGUAUAUAGUA